AUGAAUCACUCGAAGAAGGUUCAUGCUCUGGUAGCGAGCAACGAAACGGUGAUUGAAGCUGGGAUCGAAGAUGAGGGAGCUCCACAGCUUGCAGACGGGUUUGCAGAGGAAGGCGGAUCUGGGAUUGGGGAGGUGAAUCAGAAUCUCGACGAGGAGGUCGUCUCCGAGUUUGCUGAUGGCGGAAGGAGGGUUUUCCUUCUGAACUGA